ACACUUCCUAGAAAACCUGCUCUGAUGGAUACCCCUCCCCUUGAUCACUCACACCCCAUGUGCAGAAGCAUCUCCACCAAAGGAGCGCCUACGAAGACGUACAAAUUGUGUGCAAACUGAUUGGCUUAGUCCCCCUUUUUACGUGCGGAAAGUUCCGCCCCACUUAAAUGGACACCACACUGAUCGGAAUAGCCAUUUCCUUUGUUGGCUCUUUCCUUGGGGCACUGGGAGACAAACUAGUCCACGACAGUUAUGGCAAAGAAAAGGCGCAGAGAAAACACAUGUCCCAAAUGACCAUGUGGUUGUUUGGAACCCUACUUAGCGUAGUCAUAGACCCAAUCCUGACCAUCUGCUCGUUGUAUUUCACCUCCGCUGCCUUAGUUGCACCCUUUGCAGGGGUACACAUAUUGUGGAAUUUAAUAAUUACAAACAUUUCGUUGAAAAUCAGAACCAAGUUGCACCAGUACAUGGGAUCCUUUUUUCUAAUUUGUGGCAUUGCCUUAAUUAUUAUUUUUUCUGAAAAAAAAGUGGACAUACAUAGUAUGAACGAUUUAGCUAGCUUGUAUAGCCAAACAAAGGUUAUCAUUUAUUUGGUCCUCGCCUUCACCAUCAUUGUUACUUUGUUAAUCGUUUGCUUGCUCCCCUUUCUCUUUAAAGAUGUGAAAAAUGCCUCCUUCAAAAGUGAUCAGCUCUUAUACAUGAGCAAAUUUGUUCCAAACGCCUGCACACGUUCAUGUGAAAUUUCGCUUUGUAAAAAAAUUGACACGAAUAUGAAAUUUUCGGGAGGAGCCACUUCCUGUAAAACUGGCAUGGGGGUGCCCCCUGAGAAGGACCCAUUGAAGCACCCCAUAAGUUACCCCAUGAAUGGAGCAGAUGACCCCCUGCCCGUCGUAAGCAGCUCUGCUGGAGGCAACACCUGUGGGGGUAGUCCCAACGCGAAUGAACGCCGAAGGAGCAGUCCAACUGGGAACGAAAGAUCUGUAGACACAUCAACCGAGGGAGACAACUCUGCCCCUCGCUCCAACGAUGGAAUAAUUCUUGCUAGUGAGAGGGAACAAUUCAGAGUGAGAAGGAAUACCAAAGUGGGGGAAAAGACAAGCAAUGGCAGCCGCAGAAACGCCCUGAUUAAUUACAGACCAGGUGCCUCCCUACCGUGCCCACCUGCCAACCGCACACUGUCUAGGCAUCCAACUGAGAGGAUUAAAAAGAUCAGUUUCAAGUCUAGUAGGAUGGAGAGAAGGAGACCCCCACUCCAGUUGCGAAAAGGCAGCCGCUCAUGGGAUGCUCAAAAGGGGGGUGUUGAGAGAGCUCUCCAUGGAAAAUCUCCCCCCGUUAAUCGAGGGAACCCAAAUAUGGCAGGUACAAAAUGUACAGAACGGGUCGAAUCGCGAGACGAUCUCUACUGCAGUGGGAGCACCCCCCACCCCGGUGGCAAAAAAGACAACAACGUAGGUUACCAAGGAGGGAGCCACACAACGAGCUGCUCCAACUUAGAACCGAAGAUAGAACCCACACCAAACGACGGUGCAGAACCUACAUCUACUCAUAAAAAAAAAAAAAAAAAAAAAAACUUUCUACUAUCACCUUACCAAAGUGUCAAAAUGAUAAAAAAAUUUCUUCAAAAUAAAGGCAGGGCGGGGUUAAAAGUAUGCAAGAAGAAAAAAAAAAGUUUCCUCCGUUACAUUAGUGGCCAUAAGCAGAAUGGUCCUACGGGGGAGGACCCCCCCGAACGGAGUCCCCAAUCGAGUCACCCCAAUUCGAUCGCGGGUAAUGAACCCUUCUGCCCAAUAGAUAUCCUCAAAUGUGCAGAUAAAAUUAAUUCGUGUGAAAAUUGGAAAGACGAGGAGCCCUUCUCGCUGAAGGUUUAUUCUCCCACGCGUGACAGGGGCAGCGUCGGCAGUAGCCCCGCGAAUGCCGGGGGAGGAACAGCCCGCGAGGGGAAAGGGCGCAACGACAGCGGGGGAAGCGGCCCAAUCGGACCAAGCCGCUCAAUCGGCUCAAUCGCGCGAAGCGACCCGGCCCAGCUGCAGUACCUGGUGCUGAUCGCGUCCAUCUACCCCGCGGCGGCCAAGAAGAGCAAAAUCAGGCACCCAGAAAUAUUCUACAGAAUAUGCUGCUGCACCCUGUGCGGCAUGUCAGGAGGCUUCGUAAACAUUUUCUCUGAGCAAAUCAUAGGCAUCUUUUCAAAAGAAAAGCUUCAAAUGUUUACACACCCCUUUGCAUACGUACUGAUGAUGCUCACUCUCUUCUGCCUAUGCAAUCAGCUCUUCUUUCUAAACAUAUCCCUCUCCAAAUUUAGCGUCACCUCAGUCAUUCCCUUAAUCAUGGCCAACCUCGUCUUCUUCAGUAGCCUCACAACUAUCAUAAUGCGCGAGGAGGAAUCGGUCAUCCAGUCUACCAACGCGGUGUGCUUCUCCCUCGGCGUCCUCCUCGUCAUCAUCGGCAUACUAUAUCUACAGUAUAAUAUAAACCGCGUUCUUCUGCGCUGCUUCAAGCCGAAAAAGGGAUGA